AUGAAAAUCACCAUUAACAGCAUUACCCCAGUCUACUCGUGGCACUGGUCUGUUCCGGACGAUGAGCUUUGUGGUAUCUGCCGGAUCUCGUUUGACGGAACUUGCCCUAACUGUCUCUACCCCGGAGACUCGUGUCCGCUUACCAUCGGAACAUGCCAUCAUGCCUUCCAUCUCCAUUGCAUCGAGAAAUGGCUCCAACAAUCGUCCUCACGUGGCUUGUGUCCGAUGUGCAGACAGGCCUUC